AUGUAUGGGGACUAUGUUAAUAACUCGUCUUCUAAUGACAGUGAUUCAGACGAAGGUUUUGGGCCUAAAGAUGCAAACACUUUGAAGCGAAAAUAUGCCAAACAUCUAAGCAAAGAACAAUUACGAGAACGUGCAGCACUAGGAGUAUUUGCCGAGGAAGAUGAAGAGGAAGAAGCGAGAGCUACUUUCGCUGCAUCAAUAUCUGAGUCAGAGAAAAAUGACAGAACGACCGGGGCAAUUCCUAAAGCAAAAUUCAACACGAGCGGUUUUGGUGCACGAAUGCUUGCCAAAAUGGGUUACAAACCCGGUCAGGGUUUGGGCUCAAAUGCUGAGGGAAUUACAGCACCAAUUGAGUCAAAAGUUCGACCAGAACGUGUUGGCGUGGGUGCCGUUCGUGAAAUGACAGAGGCCCAACGACAUGAGGCAGUCAAACGUGGACAUCUGCCUCAAGAAGCGUUAGAGCCGACAAACAAAAAAACUGCACCUACUGCUCCAAAAAAAGCUGUUCAUAAAAAGUCCGCCCGAGAGCUGGCCUCUGAUCUGGGGUUCUCGCUCCCGUUAAACCUUGCACAUCUUAUAGACGUAAGCAGUUCAGAUGUUACAAAAAUUGAACUUCCAGCUUGGAAUGCUGAAGAAGGACAAAAACCAGAAGUACAGACUAAAAUUGUUGAGGCUUCUGACGCUGCUCGAAAAGAAUGUGAAACAUAUAUCACUGAAUGGAAACUUCUUCAAGAGCGGAAAAAAUAUAACGAGCUAAAUAAGACGCGUAUUAAUGAGCAUUUGGACAAAAAAGCGGAAGAGCUAAAUACUCUUCAAAGCUUACUUGAGCAUAUUGAGAAAUUGACGGCGUCUCUUGUCAUCACAAAUAGACCUCUAGAGACUGAUGAAUUAAAUGUUGUCUCAACGUUUCUCGAGUCGUUACCUGUCCGGUUUCCUGAGAAAAAUCCUUAUUAUGAGUUAGAUUCUAUUGCGGCUUCGGUAUGCAUGAGCGCAUUGUAUCCACUUAUACAACGUUGGGAUCCAGUGACAAAACCUUUGUUCUUACUGGAUCAUUUUCUCACUUGGCGAACUGUAUUCAAACAUGAGCGAAAUAACGCACCAGCUGUAAAAUAUGAGGACACAGACGCCGAUGAAAUGUCUGAAGAUGAAGAUGACUUCGCUCAAGAAUCAGUUUUGCAUGGCAAAAAAACGUCACCAUACGAAUCUUUAAUGACCAUUCUUUGGAAAGACCGUGUCGAACAAGCUUUCGCACACCAAUGGGAUACAAAAGAAGCAAACGCUGCUUUGCAACUCUUAGAAGUUUGGGACCCUGUGCUUCCUGAAAAUGUUAAACUUGCUUUCCUUGAGGAUUGCGUGCUCCCUAAACUUCGCUCCUUCAUCCACUCUUGGGAUCCAUUUGAAGAAAGCAAUACGCCGCUUCAUCAUGUUCUGUAUCCAUGGUUGUCGUACCUGAAGCAUCUUGGUGACCCGCUAUUGGAUAGUGUUCUCAAACAACUAGCCACGGUGUUCAAUAGAUGGAAACCGGGAAGAAAACCAUCACAUGUCCUUCAAACUUGGCGGUCAGUAUUUAUGCACGGUGAGUUUGAUAAGCUUGUAGACAAACACAUUUUUCCCAAGUUGGUCAAGUGUUUGCGUGACAAUCUUGUCAUCGACCCUUCCGAUCAAGUUAUUGAACCAUUCGUGGCAGUUACCGACUGGAAAGACUUGCUAGCACCUUCUAAGCUGGGAGAGCUGUUUGAAGCAGAGUUCUUUCCCAAGUGGCUCGACACUUUGUACCAGUGGUUAACAAGUACGGCUGACUAUAGCGAGGUCAGCUCUUGGUACGAGUGGUGGAAGACCAUGUUCCCUGAACCACUGGCAAGCAAUUCGUACAUUCAAAACGGGUUUUCUCAGGGUUUGAAAAUGAUGUUUGAGUGCAUUGAAGACAAACCUAUUGAAAAACCUUCCUUGCGGAAGGAAGAAGCAGCGUCAACGUCUGCCGAAUCGCAAAAGAAAAAACUCGCUGCAGAAUUGUUAUCAGAGCAUGCUGCACAUACUGAGCAAGUCAUUUCUUACAGACAAUUGGUUGAAGACUUCUGUGCAGAAAAUGGUUUGCUGUUCAUACCACUGCGUCGCGCCCAUCCACAAAAAGGUUACAUGCUUUAUCGAAUUACAGCCAACAGUAAUGGCACUGGUGGAUGUAUUGCUUAUGUUCAUGACGAUAUUUUGUGGGCUCAGUUUGGAAAGUCUAUUGAUACGGAAUUUGAACCAACUAGUUUAAAGGAUCUCCUCCAAUACUUUUCCAAAUGA